AUGGACGAGUUGAAGAACUCGGAAAACAUUGGCGCUGCUCCUACGGAGUCUGCUGAGCUGCCGCACAACGAGAAGCGCAAAGGCUCGAUCUUCGCGGAUGCUACCCGCCGCAAGGAGAGCAUCGCUGCGCUGACUGAGAACGUCACCGGAGAGAUCAAGAACCCCCUCAUCGGAAUCCCCAAGGACCAGCUCAUCCAAGAUGUUGAUAACUUUGCCACUGCCCAUGACCUCCAAGACAUCAAGCCAUACCUCAUCAAAGGCGCUUUGGUCGCGCAGAGCCCGCACCACAUCGACAACAUCGCCGAGUUGGAUGACGAGGAUCGCCGCGUCCUGCACGAGGAGAAGUCGCACAGAUGGAAGCACCCGCGGGUUCUCUACCUGACCAUCCUCUUGAACUCCAUUGCGGCGGCCAUCCAGGGCUGGGACCAGACCGGGGCCAACGGCGCCAAUCUCACCUUCUCACUUGCGCUUGGCAUUCCCGAUAGCCCUCCAAAUGCCGUCACCGGCUUGGGAGGCUGCAUGAGCGAGGCAGAAUGCAACAAGAACCAGUGGCUUGUCGGUUUCAUUAAUUCCUCUCCUUACAUUGCUAUCUGUCUCUUCGCUGCCUGGAUCUCCGACCCCGUCAACCACUACCUUGGACGACGUGGUACCAUCUUCGUUGCUGCGAUCUUCAGUCUGUUGGCGCCCUUGGGCUGUGGGUUGUCCCAGACAUGGGGCCAGCUGGUGGUCUGUCGAGUCCUGCUUGGUAUUGGUAUGGGAUUGAAAGAAGUCACGGUUCCUGUCUUUUCUGCCGAGGCCGCACCAACUAAUAUCCGUGGUGGCCUGGUCAUGUCAUGGCAGAUUUGGACGGCCUUUGGCAUCUUUAUCGGAACUUGCGCCAAUCUGGUGUUCGUCAACUCUGGCAAGAUAGCCUGGCGUCUGCAGUUUGCAUCUGCAUUUGUGCCCGCAAUCCCCCUCGUGCUAGGCAUCUGGUUCUGCCCAGAAUCACCCCGCUGGCUCAUGAAGAAGGGAAGGGUUGCGAAGGCCUACAAAUCACUCAACAGACUCCGGAAUACUCCUCUGCAGGCUGCUCGAGACCUCUACUUCAUCCACGCCCAGCUUGCUUAUGAGGAGGCCUUAUUAGUAGAAUCCGGUUUGGCUAAGACUGGCAACAUGUUCACCCGUUUCAUCGAGCUGUUUACUAUUCCGCGCCUCCGCAGAGCGACCCAAGCAUCUGGUGUUGUCAUGAUUGCGCAGCAAAUGUGUGGAAUCAACAUUAUCGCGUUCUACUCGUCCACGAUUUUUGUCCAGUCCGGCGCCAACAACAUCACGGCCCUGCUAGCAUCAUUCGGAUUUGGUAUUGUUAAUUUUGCCUUCGCAUGGCCAGCCGUAUGGACUAUUGACACCUUUGGCCGCCGGGGUCUACUGCUAUUUACAUUCCCAAACAUGUGCUGGUCUCUUCUUGCCGCAGGAAUGUGUUACUACAUCCCCGUGUCGAGCAGAGCACAUCUCGGCCUGGUCACCUUCUUCAUCUACAUCUACGAUGCGUUUUACUCUCCUGGCGAGGGCCCAGUCCCAUUCACGUAUUCCGCCGAGGUUUUCCCGCUCAGCCAUCGUGAGAUUGGCAUGUCAUGGGCUGUCGCAACCAACAAUUUCUGGGCCACAGUCGUGUCGCUCACGUUCCCGCGCCAAUUGAAUGCUUUCGGCGUCCAAGGGGCCUUUGGCUUUUAUGCGGCCAUGAACGUGGUAGCUUUGAUCAUGAUCUUCCUCUUCAUGCCAGAAACCCAGCAGAGGAGUUUAGAAGAGUUGGAUUAUGUCUUUGGCGUCCCAACCCGAACCCAUGCAAAGUACCAACUUACCAAAGUCCUCCCAUGGUGGUUCAGACGAUGGAUUUUGCAGAGAAAGGGGACUGUUUGUCCUGAGCUCUAUACUUUCGAGGAAGAGGUCUGGACUGAGAGUGAUCGCGAGGAUUCCAAGGGUAUAAGCUCCGGAGUUGAUGUUGGCAGCAAGGAGGUUGUGUGA